AUGGUGGCGGCUGGGGAUGGUGGAGAUUUUGCAGAAAAAGAGAAGGCCACGGCAAAGGCCCUAGAAGAUGUAAAGGCCAACUUUUACUGUGAACUAUGUGACAAGCAGUAUCACAAACACCAGGAGUUUGACAAUCACAUUAAUUCUUAUGAUCAUGCUCAUAAGCAGAGACUGAAAGAAUUAAAGCAACGGGAAUUUGCUCGCAAUGUAGCCUCUAAGUCAUGGAAAGAUGAGAAGAAACAAGAAAAAGCACUCAAACGUCUCCAUCAACUGGCUGAGUUAAGACAGCAAUCUGAAUGUGUUUCUGGAAAUGGACCAGCAUACAAAGCUUCCAGGGUUACUAUAGAAAAGCAUCUCCAGCAGGAAAUUUCCCCAAUUAAGAAUGGCAGAAAGGCAUCUUGCAUGAAGAGUGCUCUUCCCCUUAAAGGAAAAACUCUCCCCAGGAAUACUUCUGAAAAACAAAGGUCUGCCAUGCCAAACAGACACCAAUUAGUAACUGACAGACGUUAUUUGUUUGGAAAUCGGAUUCCACAAACAUCUCCAGAUCCAAGCGAUGUUAGUCACAGGACAGGAGUAUCAUUUUCUUUUUCCAAAAAAGUACAUCUAAAAUUAGAAUCUUCUGCAUCAGUUUUCAGUGAGAACACAGAAGAAACACAUGAUUGUAACAAGUCACCCACUUCUAAAAUAAACCAUACUACAGAGAAAUGCCAGUGCUGCACAUUUGUAAAUGAGGAUACAAACCUCACUAAGGAAAAAGAUGUAAACGUUUCAUCAAGCCAUCUGGAAAGUGUUUUAGACUAUAAGUUCCCCAUAAGCUCUAAUAUUUUGCAGGACAAAAAUGACUCUAAUGAUGAGACACUAAAAGAUCCAAUUGGCAUUCAUGCUUCGUUCUCUAAAUCUAACAUUCAUCUUUCAGAUGUGGAUUUUACACCUUCCAGCAGAGAGAAAGAAACUCAAAACACAUUGAAGAAUGAUUCACAAAACCACAUUAAUCAUCCAUGCCAAGCAAAUGCUUCCUCCAACCCACCAAACAUUUACAAGCACAGUGAUGCCAGGAUAUUUGAAUGUCUGGAUGAGUUUCGUUCAACAGAGCCAAGUGAACAAAGAAAUACAGUGCAUCUGAAUCCCAGCCACAGAAUAGAGAACAGAGAUAAAUCUUUAAAUAAAACAGAAAGAGUUAGCAAAAGUGAGAAAAGGCUCAUAAGAGAAGCGUGUCUCCAUGAUGUGAAGUCUAAACCUUUACCUUUCCUUCAUGUACAAAGCAAAGAUGGCCACACUAAUCUUCAGUGGCCUACAGAACUUUUGCUCUUUACAAAAACACAACCCUGUAUCUCCUAUGGCUGUAAUCCAUUGUAUUUUGAUUUUAAGCUUUCUCGGAACACAAAGGAUGGCCAUGACCCAGAAGACUUAAAAACAGAAUUGAGUAAGAGAUUGUGUGAAAGAAAGACUAAAAGAGAGAGUCAAUCCUCAGGUUUAAUCCAAGACCAACAAAAAGUGAUCCAUGAAGAUAAUCAAUAUCUAAAACCAAAGAUGAUUAAAAUUAACACAGAUUGGGAAAAUUUCCAAAGUAAAUAUAAUUUGGACUACAAUGAUUCUGAGCCAAAUAUGGACAGACAUAAUUUUAGUACAAGUGAUUUGGAUAUGAAAAAUCCUAAAGUGCCUGCUUACCUUGAAAUCUCACUAAAGAAUUAUGUUGGAAAUAAGAAUAAAAGAGAUAACAAAUUGAAGGAAUCUUCAAGGAUCCAUUGGCAAAACUGCCAGAGGGUAGUUCUAAAUAAUGCAAAUGAGAGUCUGUCUUUUACUCCCUACAUGUCUAGGACUAAAAAGAAGCAUAAACUCAUCCCCUGUGAUGCUUAUUCAGAAUUUGAAGAUGGAAAUCAAUUCAGUUGGGAUUCUAGUUCUUAUGCAGUAGGGGGUCACAGUGAACAUGGAAAGGACUUCAGUACCCUUUUCAAUAGAGGUAAUUUGCUCUACUUUUGUAAAAGAGAACACAACCCAGUUGAAAGGCACAAACGGAAACGCAGAAAGCACAACUGCCUCUCUUUACCUAAUGAGACAGUAAUGAGUGACUGUCCACAGGCUGAAACACAAAGAGAUAGGAACUGCCAAUUGUGGGCAUCAUUUCAAAAUGAAAAGCACUCCAAACAUAGAGAUGGUCACUGCAGAGAAACACAUAAACUGAACAAAAGUCAGCACCAAUUCACAGGGCCAAAAUUCAGGAGAGUCAUCCAUUGUGAUGCUAGUUCACAGAUUUCCUGUGCUGGAAGCAGUGAAGAGUCAUCUAAUAGCCAGGGACUUCAGCACAGCAUAUCCAGCUCUUACUCAAGAGAGAAACUCAGUCACCAAAGCAAACAUGAAAGAAGUCACGAGUCUUUGGACAACCCUCAUAUUUGUGAUCUGGGAAACGCAAAAUCCAUGCACUACAACUCUGGGACUAUUGGCCGCCUUCUAAGAAACUGUUCCAGUGGCCCUUCUGAAAUGACAGAGUUGAACAUGAUAGAAAGAGAAAGAAUCCCUCUAACAGCCAAAAGCCUUUUAGAAAGAGUACAAGUCAAGAAGUGUCACGAGGAAGCAACCACUUUUGAGGUCUCUUCAAACAGCUAUAAAAAUGAAUCAGAGUUUCAUUCACAAAUUCAAUGCACAAUUCAGUUUGUCCCAUCAGACUGUAACAGACCAGCAUUGCCUCAGUCUGAAAAACUACAGAACAUAAGAAAAAGGAGAAAUAAUGAAAGCAGUGCUGUUCUCAGGACUCCUGAAAAAGAAAAAGUUAAGAGUUCACAGAUGAGCAAGUCUAGUGUUUUAAUGGAUGCUGAUUGCGAUAAUCAUCUUUCUCAAGGUAUCAUUCAUGUAGUAGCAGAGUCUCAGUCACCAAACAUAAAGAAUCCAACAGCAAAAGAACAAUCACAACCUUUCAUUGGUGAAGUCCGACCUUUUAUUCAAAGCUGCGACACAGUACCAAAUGAUUUCCCUGGUGCUUUACCAUCUAAUAGAUAUACAGGUGUUAUCAAUUCCACAGAGACCAAAGAGGACCAAAUAAAUCUAGAACUGCAGGAUGUAAGCAUGCAUAUGAAUUGUGUAGAGAGGAAUAUAAACUCUUGCUAUGACAGAACUGUGGAGAAGCAUGACAACGUAGAAGAUGGAUUAGAAGUGUGUCAUAAAUCCAUCUCUCCCCCUCUAAUUCAACAGCCUCUAAUAUUUUCUCCUGAUGAAAUAGAUAAAUACAAGCUCCUCCAGCUACAAGCCCAACAGCAUAUGCAGAAACAGCUCUUAUCAAAGCAUCUUCGAGUUUUGCCUGCUGCAGGGCCAGCUACCUUCUCUCCUGCCUCAACUGUACAGACAGUUCCAGUUCACCAGCACGCUUCUAUAACCACCUUCCACCACACAUUUCUGCAACAUUUCGCUGUUUCUGCCUCCCUGAAUUCCCACAGCAACCACCUACCAAUAGCUCAUCUGCAUCCUCUUUCACAGACACAUUUUACUCCCAUCGCUUUUUCACCUCUGACUCCAGCCGUCAUUCCUACACAUCCCACUUUCUUAGCAGGUCACCCAAUGCAUUUAGUCACUGCUGCCCCUUUGCAUCCCUCCCACAUAACACUUCAGCCACUGCCUCCCACGGCAUUUAUCCCUGCAUUGUUCAGCCCUCACUUGAAUCCUGCCACAGCUUCUAUCAUCCACUUGAAUCCUUUAAUUCAACCAGUGUUCCAAGGUCAAGAUCUUUGCCAUCAUUCUUGUGCCAGCCAGAUGCAACAGCUAAAUGGAGUGAAAGAGGCCUUAAAUGUGUCAGCUCACUUGAACUAG